CAGUUGCCCAAUCAACCUCUUGGUGUAAUCGUUACGUCAAAGCCUGCCUUAGAUAUAGGCCUUAGGUGGCGCGCCUCUUUAUACAGCUGUGUCUGCUGAAAGGGGAAGUGGAGUAUCAGAGGCCUAAGGAUCUACAACCUUGACCUUUUCAACAUGUUGUCUAAAUUAAUCCAAAGACGCACCCUGGGUGCUUUGGGCUCAAACAUCAAAGCUCAGAUGAGCUCUGUUACUACAGCCGCAACAGAGAAACCAAUAGAAGAAGGGUUAACCUCAGAGUAUGUAUUUGACCGAGAAUCAAAAUAUGGAGCCCAUAACUACCACCCUCUGCCUGUAGCUCUUGAAAGGGGAAAAGGAGUAUGUGUGUGGGAUGUGGAGGGCAGAAGGUAUUUUGACUUUCUGAGUGCAUACAGUGCUGUCAAUCAAGGACAUUGUCACCCAAAGAUACUUGAUGCUUUAAAGACUCAAGCAGAUAAACUCACACUCACAUCCAGGGCUUUCUACAAUGAUGUUCUGGGGGAAUAUGAAGAAUAUAUAACAAAGCUAUUCAAUUAUAAUAAAGUCCUUCCCAUGAAUACAGGGGUGGAAAGUGGAGAAACUGCCUGCAAGCUAGCACGGAAAUGGGCCUACACUGUGAAAGGGAUUCCAAAAUACAAAGCACAAAUCGUCUUUGCAGCUGGUAACUUUUGGGGCAGGACAAUGUCUGCUAUAUCAAGUUCUACAGACCCAUCAAGCUAUGAAGGCUUUGGACCAUUCAUGCCUGGCUUCAAAAUUAUUCCUUAUAACGACCUACCUGCUCUUGAGCGUGCUUUACAGGACCCAAAUGUAGCUGCUUUUAUGGUUGAACCAAUUCAGGGUGAGGCUGGCGUGAUUGUUCCAGAUGAAGGUUACUUAACAGGCGUCCGGCAGCUAUGCACAACACACAAUGUUUUAUUCAUUGCUGAUGAGGUGCAGACUGGGCUGGCAAGAACUGGGAAGAUGCUUGCAGUAGACCAUGAAGAUGUGCGCCCUGAUAUGGUGAUGCUUGGAAAGGCGCUCUCAGGUGGUGUGUAUCCGGUUUCUGCUGUUUUGUGUGAUGACGAAGUGAUGCUCACCAUCAAGCCUGGUGAACAUGGAUCCACCUAUGGUGGGAAUCCGUUGGCAUGUCGCAUAGCUCUGGCUUCUCUAGAGGUCAUUCUGGAGGAGAAACUGGCAGAAAAUGCUACAGCAAUGGGCGAGCUGCUGAGAGCAGAGCUGAUGAAGUGUCCUUCUGAUAUAGUGACACAUGUGAGAGGCAAAGGGCUGCUGAAUGCCAUUGUCAUCAAACAAACCAAAGUUACCUAUGGCUGAUAAAAAACGACCUUCUGGAGCCCAGUACCGCAAACGAGAGGCAGAACAAGCUAAGGAGCAAUCAAAGCAAGAGGGGUAUUUCUUUAGAUACCUUCAUACACAGAAAGCAAAUCAAGAACAAGAAUGUGACUAGUGGAACCUGCCACUGGGGAUGGGGAAGCUGAAUGUUGUGCUCCAACUACAAGUCAUACUGAAGUUUCACAAUUUGGAAAUGUUUCUAGAAAUAAUGAAGAAGAAAAAGAUGUCAAUAACAGUGAGACUAGUAGUAUCACUGCAAAGCCAUCAAAAGAAAACAAUAUUGUGCCUGAUUUGGAUUACAGUGACCCUGCUAAAUGGCCCAACUCUUGCAGUGAUGAUCUAUGACAGCUUAUAAUUCAACAUGGACCACAGGAGGUUGUAUUACAUGAUUUUCCCAAAGACUCAAAAAACAGACGAUUUUCUACUGUACACUACAAGAGGAGACUGGCAAAUGGUGAAGAAGUGUGUUGCCAAUGGUUGAUAUAUUCAACCUCAAAAGAUGUGGUUUUUUGUUUUUGCUGUAAGUUGUUCAGUAAAAGAAAUGUUGCAUCAUCCCUACAAGAAACAGGUUCAAAAGACUGGAAGAACAUUGGAGCAAUUAUUUCUUCACAUGAGAGGAAUACUGACCAUUUGGAAAACUAUCAAGCCUGGCGUGAACUUGAAUUCCGCUUAUCUAAAGAUAAAACAAUUGAUGCUCUAAACCAGCUGAAAAUUAGGCAAGAAGAACAAUAUUGGCAACAAGUCUUGCAACGCUUGAUUGCUUUGGUAAGAGUUCUUGCCAUGCAAAACUUAUCAUUCCGUGGUACAAAUGACAAGUUGUAUAGUGCCGGCAAUGGAAAUUUUUUAAAGUUUGUCGAAUAUCUAGCCCUUUUUGAUCAUAUCAUGAAUGAACAUUUGCGUAGGGUUAAAGAUCAAGAAACAUUGGUUCACUACCUGGGAAAAGAUAUCCAGAAUAAGCUUAUACAGCUUCUAGCCGGUGCUAUAAAGAAGAAAAUUAUAACAAGUACAACCUCAGCUAAAUACUAUUCAAUUAUUCUGGACUGCACACCCGAUGUUUCUCACAUUGAGCAAAUGACAAUGAUUGUACGUUUUGUCGAUGUAAGCAAACCAUCAGAUAAUGAGUCUGAAAGUAUUACUAUAAGAGAACAUUUCUUAGGAUUUAUUCCACUACAGGAGACUACAGGUGCCUUUAUAGCAGAAACUCUUCUUGAACAGCUGAAGCUAAUUCAAUUGCCAAUUGAAAAUCUGCGUGGUCAAGGGUAUGACAAUGGCAGUAACAUGAAAGGCAAACAAAAUGGAGCACAAAAGAGAAUACUGGACUUAAACCCACGUGCGGUUUUUGUGCCCUGCAAUGCACACUCUUUAAACUUGGUAGUCAAUGAUGCUGCUAGGUGUUGUCUGGAAGCAACUACUUUCUUCGGGUUAGUUCAACAGAUUUAUAAUUAUUUCUCUACAUCAACUAAGCGUUGGCAAGUUCUAAUUAGCCAUAUAUCAGACUUAGGCAUAACUGUUAAGCCAUUGAGUGAAACAAGAUGGGAGAGUCGGAUUGAUGCUUUGAAACCACUGAGAUAUCAUCUUGGUAAUAUAUAUGAUGCUUUGAUAGAGAUUUUUGAGGAUACAAGCCUAUCAGGUCCAUCUGGAAAAACUUCCAGAGUUGAGGCCAAGGUCCUUGCUGAUGCAGUUAGUAAAUUCAAGUUUGUGGUAUCCCUUGUUACAUGGUACAACAUCCUUUUUGAAGUCAAUCUUACAAGCAAGCUACUACAAAAUAAGGACGCUGAUUUAAAUUCAGCUACAAGACAAUUGCAAGUGACCAAGAAUUAUCUCAUAACCUGCAGGUGUGAUAAGGGUUUUCAACAAGUUUUGACAGAUGCUACUGAGAUUGCAAAUGAGAUACAGAUAGUACCAAACUUUGAGACAGAAGAUCAAGUUCGAAACAGGAGAAAGAAACGGCAGUUUGAUUAUGAGGCCCGAGAAGAAGCACCACAAGAUCCAAAGCAGAAAUUCAAAACAGGUUUUUACUAUGCUGUUUAAGACAUGGCAAUACAAUCGAUUGAAGAGAGAUUCCAACAGCUACAAAAAUAUAAUUCACUAUUUGGCUUUCUAUAUGACAUAUACAGUAUAAAGAAAAAAUAAACAGAAGAUUUACUUAAGGACUGUAAUAAUUUGGAAAAGUCAUCGAUGCAUAAUGGAAACAAAGAUAUUGAUGCUGAAGAUCUGCGUUGUGAACUUGAAGCAAUAGCUCGAAGACUUCCAAAGCCUAUGCCGCCACAACAGGUACUUCUCUUCAUACUACAAAAUAAACUUCUGGAUAACGUGCCCAAUGUUUCUGUUGCUCUGAGGAUCCUUCUCACACUUCCAGUAUCAGUGGCAAGUGGUGAACGUAGUUUCUCAAAGCUCAAACUUAUAAAAAGUUACAUACAUUCUACAAUGUUGGAAAAGAGACUAGUUGGCUUGGCAACUAUAUCUAUUGAACACACACAGGCAGCAGCACUUGAUCUGGCUGAAAUGGUGACAAAAUUUGCAAAGGAAAAGGCACGCAAAGUGAGACUUUAAGGUGUCUGAAAUUUAAAAAAAUUUCUGACAAAUCUGUUUUUUUUUGGUUUGUUUCUCUGGCUGGAAGGAAAAUACAGACUCAGUUAAUAUAUAUUUUGUUUAAUUAAAAGUUAAAAUAUAUUUGUUGUUAAUAUAGGCAAUGUAACAUUUGGUUACUUUAUAUUUUGCCUUUAAUAUUGUUGCUUUUGGCAUCUUAUGCCACACCACUUAUUCAUGAAAAUUAAAAGAAAUUUAAAAGUG